CACGGUGCUAACAGCAAAGCUAACAACAAAGCGGCGUUCAUCACGACGACAAAAGUAACGUAAUCCAGGGGGUUUAAUCGAGGUUUAUAAAACGACCGUUCUCUCUCUGCUGUAGAGGACACCACUGUUCGACAUCGGAGUGCAGGAUGAGUAAGAUCACGUUCUUCGAGGAGCCGAACUUCCAGGGGCGCUCCUAUGAGUGCGAGGCGGACUGCGCGGAUGUGCACCCCCACUUCAGCCGCUGCAGCUCUGUGCGGGUGGAGAGUGGCUGCUGGGUGCUGUACGAGAGGCCCAGCUACCAGGGCUACCAGUACGUGCUGACCCGCGGCGACUACCCCGACUACCAGCACUGGAUGGGCUACAACGACACUGUGCGCUCCUGCAGGACCUUCUCCUAUACCAGCGGAGGGCCCUACCUGAUGAAGAUCUACGACCGGCCCGACUUCCAGGGCCAGGCCCAUGAGCUCAGCGAGGACGUGGACUCGGUGCAGGAGCGGUUCCCGCGCCGCGACGUGGCGUCCUGCCGCGUGGUGGAGGGCUACUGGACGCUCUACGAGCACUCCAGCUACCGCGGCCGCCAGUACUUCCUGGGGCCGGGGGAGUACCGCAAAGCCAGCGACUGGGGAGCCGUCUGCAACACGGCCGGCUCCCUCCGCAGGGUCACCGACUUCUAAAGGGAUUAGCCGAGUUAGCUCGCUUUUAGCAGAGUUAGCUUGCGACUUUAGCGGAGUUGGCUUGCUUUUAGGCCGAGUUAGUUCGAUUUUAGCGGAGUUGGCUCGCUUUCAGGCAGAGCUGGCGUGCUGUUAGCACACUAUUAGCUGAGUUAGCGCGCUAUUAGAGGAGUUUGCUCGCUAUUAGCUGAGUUAAGGCACUAUUAUAACCAACUUAGCUUUUUAUUAUUUGAAUAAGCUCGCUAUUAGCCGAGUUAGCUAGCUAUUGCCCGAGUUAGCUCGCUAUUAGCCGAGUUAGCUAGCUAUUAGCCGAGUUAGCUACCUAUUGCCCGAGUUAGCUCGCUAUUAGCCGAGUUGGCUAGCUAUUUCUGCUCUGGAGUUGAGCAGUGAAUAAAUCGCCUUGUCAA